GGAGGUCAGAGCGUUUACAUCAAACGCACUGGAGUUUUUCAAAGCGCAUUGGGAGCUUUUGAGCAGAAGAAAAACAUGGUGUUUGCACAUUUUGGAUCGUUUUCAAAUCUACCGAUUUGAGGACGGGACCUUCUGAAACAAAAACACAAUGAGCUUCGUUCCCACGGGGAACUCACCAGUGGAGCAGUGCUGUCCAGACUCAGCGGAUUACAACGCGAGAAAACCCGCCAAUAUUGCAUCGUUUCAUUGUUAUUAAAAGGUGUUUUCCGCGUCAGUAUCUUCAGAGAUGCCUGCGAGGAACAGGUACAACCUGGUAGACGAUCUGGCGGACUCCAGGAUCCCGCUGCACAACGAGGAGGCUUAUCAACACGGAAUACAUUUCCAAGCCAAGUAUGUGGGGAGUCUUGUGCCCAGGCCCAACAGUCGAAUGGAAAUUGUAGCUGCCAUGAGGAGAAUAAGGUACGAAUUCAAGGCAAAGAAUAUCAAGAAGAAGAAAGUAAGCAUUGUGGUGUCCGUCGAUGGAGUCAAAGUGGUACUCAGAAAGAAACAAAAGAGGAAAGAAUGGACAUGGGAUGAGAGCAAGAUGCUGAUCAUGCAUGACCCUAUAUACAGAAUCUUCUAUGUGUCUCAUGACUCUCAGGACUUAAAGAUUUUCAGUUACAUUGCGAGAGAUGGCUCCAACAAUUCUUUCAGGUGUAAUGUUUUUAAAUCCAAGAAAAAGACCCAGGCCAUGCGUAUAGUCAGAACUGUGGGACAGGCCUUUGAGGUGUGCCAUAAAAUCAGUCUGGAGCAUGUUGAGCAGGAUACAGACGGACAGGCAGACGGACACAAUGACAAUGAAGGUCAUGAGCUGACAGGAGCCGACCAAGGGGACACGGAAAAGAGUAACAUCGAAGGAAAACAAGAAGAGGGACCUUCGGAGAGUGAGAAAGCAGUCAGUGAAAUCCUGCAAAGCUUGGCAGAACUUAGUGUGGUCAGACCUGGACAGACCAUAAUAGAUUUUGACAGGGGUUCUGUCUUCACUGUAACGUCACAAGGCGUUACUCCCAGCAGCCCUUGCUCUCCGUCCCUCACCCCUCUGGCAUCACAGCACUAUCUGCAGCUUUUACAGCAACAGCUACAGCAGCAGCAGCAACACACUCAAGUGGCUGUGGCACAGGUGCAGUUGUUGAAAGACCAAAUGGCAGCAGAGACAGCCGCUCGUAUGGAGGCACAGGCCCGAGUGCACCAAUUACUGCUGCAGAACAGAGACCUGCUCCAGCACAUAACUGUCCUGGUGCAGCAGCUCAAAGAACUGGAAGCACAGUCACCAAAAACACCCACACCACCAGGACAUAAGUCUACUGAGCAUGAUGGGCCAGCAUCGAUCAAACCAUUAUCGCUGAACCUGAAGGAUCACUACAGCAACUCCCUGGACCCUCUCAUCUCCUCCAUUUCAUCUUGGUCUGUCUCUCCUGGUCCAAUGGACAGUGCAGAGUCGUACCUGAACCUUCUCAACCUCCACAACAGCAAUAAACCAGAGGCUGCACUCACCAGAGACCCUUUUAUUAAGGCCAACAGCGCCGCAGACAAUAAAGAGACCAGUAAUGAGAUCGUACCAUAUACAUCGCGGAACUCCACCAGCAUGGAUGAAAAGUGUCCAAUCCCCAAACUUGACCCUCCUCCCCCGUCUAUGAGUCGUAAACGAGCCAGUAGGACCUUGUCUCCAAGUUCAGACACCGUCUGCGCGCCGCUGCCUCUGGAGGUGAGCGCUAAUGAUGACGCCCCCAGCCGCUGCAGCAGUCUGUCCUUCCCCGACAUUACCCCGAGCCCUCUGUCCUCCGGAGACUUCCACUCCUUCAGUAAUGGAGAGACCAGCUCCUGCUCCACCAGUGAGGACUCUGGUGUGCGCUCAGAAACCAAGUCGCUGUUCUCACCCCUGUGUGACGAUGACAACCUGUUUGGAGAACGAAUGACAUUUGUAAUUGCUACAAGUGGCUGUGAAAGUCCCCCUGAGGAAAGAAGAGAAAGCAGUAAUUCUCCAUCUGAACUGAAAUCAGAACAUCUGAGCUUAGACUCAGAACAGUCCAAUAUGAAUGACACCUGCCUCCACAUCAGUUUCUCCGAUGAAGAGCUGCUAGAUAGCAACCAGGAGACAACAAAUGUCCCUCAGAGGGGUUAGAAAACUACUACUGUUUUUAUCUAUGCCAUAUUCACCUGACACAUUCACUUAUUACAAUAUCAUCUCAGAUUGCAAUAUUUUCUUGUAUUAUUCUGAUAAUAAUAGAUAAUGAAAAGUAUUAGUAUUUUUGUAAGGGAAUUUAUGAUUUAGUUUACAUUUUAGGUCAUGUUGAGAAGGUAAUUGGUAUGUAGCUUCUCUUGCACUGUUAAAAUCACAUUAUUUGAGUACAUGUAGCACAUUAAAUACUUCGUGUUUGGUAGAACAUUUAGGUAUAGACUGGAGCCUCUGGCAUCUGAUAAACCUGUCCACUGGGGGUCAUCAGUAUGUUCAUCAUGGAGAUCUGGCUAAUUUAGUUUAUGGGUACAGCUCACAUGCUCAGCUCUGCAGGUUUUGGCACACGUAUGUGUUCAUCAUUGUUGUGUGGCACUAUAGAAGGGAUAUAUGCUUUCAGGCAGCAUUUCAGUCACAUUUAUUGCUUUGUUACAUUCUGACAACACAAAGCAUAAUCUAACAAACACAAAUUUUAUAAUUUUUAAACAUAAAAAGAUGUCAAAACCUGUUGGCCAAAAGGGAACACAAUUUCUACUUGUUUUAGACACAUUUUGUACUACUUUGUUAUUGUGGACUGACUAUCACGCUCCAAUUAUAAGGCUAGAGAUAUUGGGAAGCAAUUUCUGCAACACACCGAAAGAGUGAUGAA